AUGGCCCCCCCAGAACAAAAGACCCUCGUGCUUGGUCCAUCUUCCGGCAUUCGAGAGGCCCUUGCUACCAAGCUCAUAGCCACAUGCACAAAGGUGAUUAUCGUCGGUCGACGUCGACAUAAACUCGAAGCUUUUCUCAAGAAGCACGACGGAGAUAAUUCCAAGGCCAUAGUCUUUGACGUCACAAACCUCACCGCAAUCUAA